AUUGGACGAGUUCAUAAAUGAUACUAUUUAUGAUUCAAUUUAAAAAAUGGCUCCACAUGACGUAAUCUCUUUUUGUUGGUGGCGCAUGUUAGAUUAUAAGGGUCCAGAAAUGUUUACGCCAAUUUUGACUGAAGAAGGUCUUUGCUUUACAUUCAAUGCCCUGAAUUCGCAUGAGAUUUAUACAGAUGAAAUGGCACCAGGAAUGAUGAAUGUUAUGACUAACACCAACAUAUCGCGGUGGAAUCUUGAAAAUGGAUAUGAAGACGUAAUGAAUUUGAAUAGUUAUCCGAUGCGAAUAUACAAUUCAAGAUCAGAUGAAUCUCUACGUAUGGAACUGUAUCUUGGCGAUGAUACAUUUUUUUCGUGUGGCUUUGGUGCGCAUCCCGGAUUUCGUGUAUUCAUUCAUGUACCUGGUGAAGUGCCGAACAUGUCACGUCAAUUCGUAUAUGUUUCUGUCUUAGAAGAUGUAAAAUUAUCGAUUCAAGCUACUAUGAUUACCACAUCGGAUGGAUUGCGCAGCUAUAAACCAAGUCAACGACAAUGCUUUUUCAAUUCAGAUCGUCAGUUACGAUUUUUCAAAAUUUACACACAAAGUAACUGUGAAGCAGAGUGUCUGUCGAAUUAUACAAAAAAUGAAUGUGAAUGCGUUAAAUUUUCAAUGCCAAGAGAUAAUCAAACGAAAAUUUGUAGUCCAUUGAAAAGUGAAUGCUAUAAAAUGGCAGCAGAGAAACUUUAUGGUGAAGAUAUAGUCGAUGGUUUACAAGAUGACAAAGCAAAAAUAUUCCGAAAGGAUUGCAAUUGUUUGUCAUCAUGCACAUCAAUCAGCUAUGAAGUGAUUGAUCAUAUUCAGGCACUCGGACAGGAUCAUAUUACCACGGAGAAAACCUCAAUAGUAAAUAUUUUCUUCAAAACACACCUAGUGACCGCAUACAGAAGGGCUGAAUUGUACACUUAUCCAAAUAUUCUGGCCAUUGGAGGAGGGCUGCUGGGCCUAUUUUUGGGCAUUUCUGCACUGAGUGUUGUUGAAUUCAUUUACUAUUUUACAAUCCGAAUUUACUGA